AUGUUAGAGCGUGGUAGCUUCUGCGGGGCUGUUGUUUCUGCGUCGGGUGGUGAAAGCGCUUCGUUUAUUGGCCGCUGCAUAAAUGCUGCGAGUGAUUCCAUAGUGUUUAUGCUCCGUGCGAGUUGGCGAGUGGACAUCAGUCAUUCUUGUCCAUCACCUGGUGCCCGCAGCGUCACCUCUGUUGAUCGGAAUGCGGGAAGUUUGUUGAUUCCUGCACCGAUGCAACAUCAGGCGUUUCUGCGCGCUUUUCGUGGGAUGAUUGGGGUUUCCGGCAAUGCAUUCGAGAGACGCAACGUAAGUUGGAGGUGCUUCUAG